AUGUUUAAGUAUCACAAGAUUCCGGAAAAAUUCAUUUCAAAUGAAAUCCAUACUAACAACGAUAAAUAUAAAAUAGAUCAUCAACGUUGUCCCAAAGGAAUGGUAUCAAUUUUAAGGCAAAUAAAUGGAACUGAGAGCGUCCAUCUCGACACAUUCGAGUAUCCUGGCCAACAUUUUGCAACAAUUGAGACCAUUUUAGAUGGAACCAUCUAUCGAGGAGCAGAGGCUUAUAUAAGUGUUCAUAAUUUAACUGUACAAAGAAACCAAUACAGUAAAAAUCAAAUUUGGUUAGAGAAUGGACCUCGUGAUCAACUUAAUAGCAUACAAGUUGGUUGGGCGGUAAUGCAUCCAAGAUUAUAUGGUGACAGUUCAACGCGAUUUACAAUAUAUUGGACCGCAGAUGGCUCCAAAAAAACUGGAUGUUAUAAUACACAAUGUGCUGGCUUUGUUCUUGUUACUCGAGAUCCUGUGCUCGGAGAAGCGUAUGGUAAUACCUCUAUUUAUGGUGGUAAAGUAAGCGCUCUUAUUCAACCAUGA